AAACAAAAGUAAAGAAAAAAAAGAAAAAAAAAAAGGAAAAUAAAACUUUAUACUGUCAACGCAUGGCCAAAGGGCGUUCCCAGUCAUCAUACUUCACACCCAGACAACGCAUUGCUUCUUGUAAAGAAAAAUGCUGUCUUGUUAGUGAAAUCAGUGUUGGAUUGACUGAUGUUAGUUUUGAAAAAGUGUAUUAAAAAAAAGAAAGUAGCUAAUAGCUUAUCUUUUGAAUUGGUAUUCCAGUCAUGAUUCGCCAAAGGACAACGUGGAUUGUAGUAUAGAAAGGAACUUCUUUGUAGGUCACAUUAUCUUUUUAAAUGCGUCAACUUGCCAAAGCAAUAGGCACGUGUUUGAGAGGUAUUGUUCUAAUUGGUAGUACAAAAAAAAGAGAGAGGUAUAAUUGGUAUGUGUGCCUUGCUUCCGGGUGUCUCCGUGUCUUCUUUCCUUUUGCUGGCUUCGGAUUCAUGGCACUUGUUUCUCUCUCGGGCACAAGCGAUGCCUGCUUUUCUUUGUCAAAUGCUCUUGCUUUAUGCUCCAUAUGAACAUAUAUCUUGAAGGCAUUUAUCACCUCUUUCUAUUAUCAUAAUUUCUAUUGUGUCAACUGUAUAAAUGAGCGCAUUGUGUAUCACUAUAAAGAAUCCUUUCAUCUCAGCAACGCAAUCCAUUUCGUCCAUAGUUUUUAGAAUAAAAUGUGUAAAAUAACCUCCUUUUAUUUUUGUUUUUAC